CUCCGAGCGCCAGCGCCGCGCAGAGCGCGCAGUGUCGCACCCAAGCACCCGCCGCGCCGUGUCCCCGCACAACACAGUCCCCAGAUCCUGCCGAGCCGGCGCCGCCCCGCUCAGGCUCCUCCUGGCCGGUGCAGGAGGAGGAGGAGGUGGCUGCUGAGCGGCGGCUGCCGGAGCCAACGGGCGGCGGGGAGCGGGGCGGGCGCUGCGGGGGUGUCGGGGUAGAGCGAGGCGUGACCCGGCUGACGGGCACCGUGCGGCGGGCGCGGAGCCGGAGCCGGCGGGAGCAGCGGUACCAGCGGCGGCAGCAGCGGCGCGGGGCGUCGGUAUCGCUCGGCUCUGGCGCGGCGUCUCCUCCACCCCCUCGUGAGCCUGGGGAACCUGCAGCUCAAAGCCGCCGCCAGCCACACCACCAUGUACUCCGGCAACAAGCGGAAAAAGCUGUGGCGGGAGGAGAAAGAGCGUUUGCUGAAGAUGACCUUGGAAGAAAGACGCAAAGAGUACUUGGGGGAUUAUGUUGCAUUGAAAACUAUUCCAACGUGGAUGGAAGACUUAAAAAGUAAGAGUGAAAGUGAUGGUGAAAAUGCAAAAGAAGAUCUGCAAGGGAAGAAAAGUCUGAGUGAGAAAGUUUCUCUCUACAGAGGUGACAUUACGCUGCUUGAGGUUGAUGCCAUCGUUAAUGCUGCUAAUUCCAGCCUUCUUGGAGGUGGAGGAGUGGAUGGCUGCAUACACAGAGCUGCCGGGCCCUGCUUGGUUGCUGAGUGUCGCAACCUGAGUGGCUGUGAGACUGGACAGGCCAAAAUUACCUGUGGAUACGACCUACCUGCAAAAUAUGUGAUCCAUACUGUUGGGCCAAUUGCAAGAGGCCAUCUCACUGACACUCAUAAAGAAAACUUAGCAAGCUGCUAUAARUCCUCUCUGAAACUGGCAAAAGAAAACAACAUCAGAUCAAUUAGUUUUCCAUGUUGAUUACAUGGCAUUUAUGGUUUUCCAAAUGAGCCUGCUGCUGUCAUUGCUCUUAACACUAUUAAGGAMUGGUUAAGCAAGAAUCACAAUGAGGUCGAUCGUAUCAUAUUCUGCGUGUUUUUGGAGGUUGACUACAAAAUUUUCAAGAAGAAAAUGGGCGAAAUUUUCCCUCUAGAUGAUGCUAAUGAAGAAGGGGGUCAGCUGAGUGAAGAGAGAGAAGGCCAGCCUCCAUCUCCUACAAAGAGCAAAGAAGAGCAGCCUGAGGACCUGCAGGAYGAUGCUGAAGGUGGCAAUGGCACAGUGGAUAAGCAAAAUACUGAUGAAAGCAAGACCCAGAGCCAAGAAGAAGAUGAAACAAAACCUUCAGCUGUAGCCAGCCUAUCAUCAGAAGACACUGAGCUGAGUGAAAAUAAAGAUUCCCUGAAAGACUCCAAAGGCAUGCCAGAGAGUGAUUCAGUGCAUCCUGUGRUAUGUGAACAAGACCAAGCCAAAGGACAACAGGAUAUUUCUGCAAGUGAGAAGAUAAAAACUGGGGCAGAUUCCCAAGGCUCCUGCAUGGAAAUAGAAGAGCCACUGUUGAACCAAGAAGACACAACAGAAGUUGAGAAACCUUUGAUUGUUGGUGCAGAGGAAAAGGAAGAAGAAGGAAAAGGAGAAGAAGGAGGGAUACAAGGGCAAGAGGAAAUUUUUGUGGAGCCUAUGAAAAUKGACUCUGCAAGUCAAGCAGCAGACGUUUCGAGUAAGGAUGCUGAAAUGAAUAGUCAAGUUGAAAGUAUAAGUGAUCCAAUGGAAACACAGCGGGAAGCUUAAGUAACAGGAAGGAUUCAGGAGAGGAGAGACCCAAGGAAACCCUACAGGCAGGCGCUGACAUCCUACAGCAUCAUUCUUGGCCGAAAAGAGCACACAAAGAUGAUCAGCGGGUUGGGAGGGGGGGAGCUUUGGGGGAAUGAGUCUUUGCUUUAACUUCUCUUUGUUCUUCAUUCCAUUUCUUUCUGUAAGCCUGUUGGAAAGAAUCAUAACUUCCCAGGUCUAAUGUUUUAGAUUUAACCCUUCAUUUACAACAGUUUCUUCUGAAAUGUGAGUCACUCUCUUAUGUUGGGUCUCUUUUCAUCCUGAUCAUACCAUCAGUAGCCUGUUUCCAGGCCCACCCCUUUUCUAGCAUCUUUUUCUUCUUUCCCACGACCAGCCUAUGCUGUGCCACUUCCUUACAUGUGAAUGACACAUGUGGCCUCAAACAGCCAGCACCCCAAAUCCAUCCUGCUUUUUCUAGUUAGCUCUGCACAUCUCAAAACCAGAGCRGUAAGUGUGACCUUUGGGUACAGGUAGGCAACAGACAUUUCCUCAACACUGGAAAGACUAUGCAUUCGAGGCAUCUUUAAAUACAGCUCCCAUUUUUAACAGCUUCACACAGUGGCUUUUGUGAACCCCCAUUACAUUUUUCACUGCAUAUGCAUGUUUUUAAUUUGUUUUUUUUUUUUUUUAAAGCAAUUAACAGUUAUUUGGAUAAGAAUGUCUCACCAUAUGUCAGUUGUUCUGCCAGCAAAUGCUGCACUGAAAUUUGUAGAAAAGGAACAAAAGGUUUUCAUGUGCAUUUCCCAACUGUGCUGUAACUGAAACUGAUGGAAAAUACACUGGAUGGAAGAGCACCCAACCUGUGUCCAUAAUGGGACGUGCUACAAACUGUAUAUUAAGCGCUGCUUAGAAUAGUUAGAUCAUUUUAAGCAAAGUAAUUGAUUCUAAUUUGAUAAUUUUAAGAAAAAUAAUUAAUUCUGUUCCUUUUUUUCUCUCAAAAUAUUCCUGAAUCACAGAAUAGGUAUUUAACAGCUGGCCAGGAUAAAAAAAGUUAAAAAACAUUAAGAUAUAUCUCUGUUGUCCUGUGAUCUGGGUUCAUCCCAGCUAGAGUAGUUUCGAUGAUAAAUUCUGUGCUGAAGUGAAAGCAAGUCAAGGGUGACCCAAGCGUACCAAACGUGGCCUAUGACAGUCAAUGGUUGUUGUUAAUUCAAAAGGGUGUCAAGGAGAAACAAGGAUUAGACAGGAAAACAGGAAAAGCAYUAGAUUACACCCAGAGAGUAUGGCCCCUAGACAGGCACCCUCCCACCUCCUCCCUUGUUUGCAGGGCUCCAGCAUGUUUGCUUGAGGUGGGAUCAGAAGGGCAUUUCUGUGUGCUGCCUCCAGUGGUAUAUCCACCCAGAUGUCACUAACACCAGAGAGGCUCUUGAGGAGCUUCUUCAUCACCUGCAGUGGAUGCACAACUCCAAAUUGGAUCGAUUGUAGGAGUAAAUGAGCUAAUAUAAGUAUAUGCAUCUGUUUGAGAGUUUUGCUAUUACCUGUAUUUGCUAACUACAGCUCCUUUGGCUCUUGUUCUGUCCAAAAACCUUGAAGGGACUCCAUGUUCCAUUUGAGGUGCCUCUCAUGCUUUCGUUUCCCAUCCUUGGGGUUAUGCUUGACAGAACUUAUCUUUUUGGACGUGGACUUUUCUGCAUGGUCCCUUACAUUUCUGUGUAUUUUCCAUACUGGGUUGUUACGACUGAAACAGUUUGUCAUAAUAGGUAGGUCAGGAGUGGAUAAACACAUUGGGAGGAUGGUAUAACUGUGAUAACUUCAACAGACUAUCCAGUCCCCUGAAUGUAGUUCUGUAUCUGUUCUGAUCGUGCUUUCCCAUGGGUGACAUUAACAUUAGCCACAARUCAGAUGUCCCUCUUUUUUCACCAKYUUU